AUGGAUGGUGCCCUAAACCCACCUGACGCAAACUUCCCGGCCAAGUUAAAUGCCACAUUGUUAGCUCGUCUCUCUUAUUCUUGUUUAGUCUACCCUCCGUCGCAGCCGCCAAAGUUCACCUGGCUUACUGGCGCAGGUUCAUCCAACUAUGGUACUCCUCCAAUCACUUCUGAUAGUGAAAUCUACCUGAGUCGAUUUCUAAAAUACUCCGGCUUUUGCUUCAAAUGUGCGUACCCUGGAACGAAUGCGUAG